CAAGGAGAAGGACAAUCGUCACGGCCAACAACUGCUUGCACAUGAUUGCACAAUCGUAAUCUAACUCGUUUGCGUGCAUCUCGCUGUGUAAGUGUAAGUGGAUAGAUAAACAACAAUGUGAAUUGAAUUUCUAUGUCAUGUGGCCCACGAUGCCUCUUCAUCACAAUGUGGUUGCGAAGCGUUGAUUGUGGAAGCGACGGAAAUUGAAAUUGAAUGCUGCUUAGACUGUAAAAGCAUCACUAGGAAUGGAACAGCCACGUGAAAAGCGGCGUCGUAUGAAGUAUCUGGAGCCUGGUGAAGUGUUUAGUGUGCCGAGGUCUACUGUACGUGCGCGAUUACAACGGAAUGUUGACAAUGUUGGGAAUGUUUCUGGCAGCCAGUCUCAGCUUUCACACACCUCGUAUCCAAGCACGUCGAACCCGUCACCGUUCGCCCAACACUCCCAGAGCUUUGAAGGUAUACGUUCCGAAUUGGGGGCAGAAUCCGACGCGCAUUCAAGUGAAAAUGCAGAUAUGUGUGCAGAAGAUCCUAAUCGUCAGCAUACUUCUGAGAGAGUGCUCAGUGAGGGUGAUUAUGAAGGCGCUUAUGCCGAGGGACACUCCCACUCUGCCAUCCCAAGGUAUGACGAAGACCCCUUAACGGAUGCUUCCGAAGAAAUCAUAGGUGGGUUCCUUGGAGAUAUCGCAGAACGUCUUGGUGAAAGCUCGGGCGAUGAACUGCUGCAAAGCCUCAGCGAAGGCUUCACAUCUCCACAUGGAGUUGUUGAUGUUGGCUCUGUAGCAUCAAGCCUUGUCAGUGAAUUUGAAGGUGCAACACUGCCAAAUGGAACUGUGACUAAAGCAGCAGCACUUGCCUUGAUAAUGAGUUUCAUUACGUCUCAUGGAUUGACAUGGGAUGCCCUUGACAACUUACUGCGCAUCAUCAAUGUACUUUUUGGUUCUGACGUCCUACCACGAACAAAGCAUUUAAUGCGGAAGCUCUGGGCAUGCAAGCUCGAAAAUGCUCAUCAUUAUUAUUACUGUGACCUUUGCGAGUGCCUUUUAGAUAUGCAACGCGGACAUGAUACGCUCACCUGUGGCACUUGUCACACUUCGUUUACAGUUUCGGAACUGAAGGCAAAUGGACACUUUUUCAUAAUUCUUGACUUGCCCAGCCAAGUGAGACACGUCAUCACGAAGUCAUCGGACAAACUGUUUGCAAAUCUUGAACGGCUGAACCAAGAAUCUUCCAGUGACAUGUCAGACAUCAGUGAUAUCACGAAUGGAAGCAUCUACAAGACCCUGAAACGUAACGGUUCUCUAAAAUGGGGUGAUCUCACCAUGACAUUUAAUACGGAUGGCAGUCCAGUAUUUAAAUCAUCAAAGUCUUCCGUGUGGCCUCUGCAGUUCGUGAUUAAUGAGGUUCCGACUUCUGAGCGUUUCUCGAACACCUGCCUCGCUGGACUAUGGUUCGGGAAGAAACAUCCAAACAUGGCACUGUUCCUUGGAAAGUUUGUUGAUCACUUGGAGCGCAUGCCGCCACUACUUUGGUCUCACAACAACUCAACUGUAUCCUCAAACGUCUACGCAAUCUGCUGCUGCGUCGAUGCUCCUGCACGUGCUGCUGUGCAAAACCAAGUCUUGUUCAGUGGCUUCUUCAGUUGCCCUUGGUGUGUGGUUCGUGGUGAAUACGCUGAUGGUGCCGUGCGAUUUCCAAGCAGUGAGCCUGGUGAAGAGAGGGUACCAGAAAGAGUUAUACGUGAUAUGGAACUCGCUGUGGAAUGUGCAACACAAAUUAAUGGCUUCAAAGGUCCCUCUCCAUUGAUUAACCUCAGAAAUUAUGACAUUGUAUGGGGACAGGCUACAGAGUACAUGCAUUCCGUUCUGUUGGGUGUGGCAAGGCAGCUUACUGAGUACAUUCUGGACUCCUCAAACUCUACAGAACGCUUCUACAUUGGCAGUCCCAGCAGUACACAGAUCUUGAACAAGCGGUUGAAAGUGAUAAAGCCGCCACACUGCAUAACAAGACUACCUCGCUCACUAUCUGAACGUUGCCACUGGAAGGCCAAUGAGUGGAGGAAUUGGCUCCUGUACUACAGUGCUCCCUGUCUGGAUGGUGUGCUCCCUCAACGCAACUGGAGUCACUGGUGCCUGCUUGUACGUGCCAUUUGGAUGUUGAAUACUACAGUGGUCCCACAGCAAGCAAUAACAAAUUCAGAAAGCCUUCUGAAGAAGUUUGUUGAUCAGGCCCAGAGACUCUACGGCUCAAGGAUGAUGACAUUUAAUAUGCACCAGCUCUUGCACCUUCCGAGGUCCGUCAGUAAACUUGGCCCUUUGUGGGCACACUCAGCCUUUGUUUUUGAGUCUGGAAAUGGACGAGUGGUGAGCUGCAUCAAUGCUGCCAAGGGUGCCCCCCAUCAAGUUCUAGAACGUGUUGCUGUGAUGCAAGAGGUUGAGCUACUCUGUCAAAUCUUGCCUUUGCCACAAGAGGCUGAAGCUUUAUGCCAGCGGAUGCUUGGUUACCCAAGGACACAAGCAGCUACAAGAACUCAAGGUGCCAGUCUUCUUGGCCGGGGUAGACGUGUGCACAGCCUCUCAGCUGAGGAAACAAGAGCGCUUGAAAGAGUAGGCUGCUGUGUACCUGUGCACGCAACUGAGUAUCUCCGACUCAUUUAUAGCCACACUGUGUACACAAGUGAGCAGUACCGCAGAGCUAAAAGGAGCAACAGUACAGCGAUUCUGACACGCAACAGUGAUUUCUACAUCAUCAGCCGCAUACUUGAAGUUACCUCAGAAGGGCUAAAGACAUGUAUCCUGCUCUGUAAGAGACUAAUACCAACAGAAGAUGAUGUUCGUUACCCCAGCCAUAUUGUGCAGUGCUUCGUUUCUUCAAGUGGUGCUCUAGUAGCACUUCCUGUAACAGAUUUGUCUGCUGUAUGUAUGCUGCUAGAUUUUAGGCACGAUGACAGAAUGUACGUGUGCACACUAGCAAAUGACAUUGAACGUGACUGAGAGCCCUCAGUCACAUUCACUGUGACUUCACAUUUUAAGGUUCAUUUAAUUCACUGGAGGCAUAAAUUGCAGUACAACUUCUGUAUAGCGAAGCUACAUAUCUUGAAGAUAUGGAUAUUGGAAAAACGGCAAAAAAAAUAAAAAGCAGUUCAUGUGGUACUGGCUCUAGCAAAAGGAAAUUCCUGUCAAAUCAGACAACUAGACUUCUGGUUAAGUCCUUUAAAACUAACUCGCACGACAAAGCAGAACGCUAUACAAUGUCAACCUCUUCGCUAGUUCACAAAAGUUAGCACACAGUCCAAAGCUACAGUGUCACAAUCCAUAAAUUUAUUUCUGUUCACAACAUCCUUUGUACAUAAGAGCUUGAAGCUUUCUAUCAGUUGGUUUGAGUGCUGCGCAAUGUAGGAAUUCAGUUUCAUAUGCAGUGUGAAGAAAAAUUGACAUUGACAUUUUACAUGACAUGACAUUUACAUUUGACAAUUUUAUACGCAGUCUUAGAUUAGAUACUUUUUUGUAAUUAACCUUUGUUUAACAUCAUGCAUAGAGAAAUAAGGAAUUGAACCUCAGUGUGCAACAACGGGGGUAAGUCGAGAAAUCCCAAACGGCGAAUAACGUGAAUGUUUGGUAAAGUAAUUGCAGCUGAUUUUUCUUGAAUAAUGCAAAUGCAAAAUGUGUAACAUCUAUGCACACACAACUACAUGCAUGUCCUGUUAGC